CCACCACCACCACCACCACCACCACCACUGUCGAUACCCCGCCCCGCGCCGCCCAGCCCCAGCGUUCCUUUCGCCGAAAAGAAAAAGAAAAAAAUAAAGCACAGGAAAAUCAUGGUGCCGCCGCCAAAGACCUGGGAGGACGAGGAGGACGAGUCCUCCGAGGAGGAAGAGAAAGCCAGCAAGACCGUCGCACUGGGCUCGAAAAAGAAGUGGGACGACGAGGAAUCCGACGACGACGUAAUUGAUUCCUGGGACGCAGCAGACGACUCCGAAGAGGAGCGGAAGAAGGCGGACAAGAAGGCUUCUGCGGCCGCGGCGGCCGCCGCCGACGCGCUCGCGAACAAGAAGAGCACUGCGGAGCGGCUGGCGGAGAAGAAGGCUAUGACGGCGGUGCAGCGGGCGGCGGAGGAGGCGGCGCGCGACGCGCUCGAGAACGAGACGCCGGCCGAGAAGCGCGCGCGCAUGCAGGCGCGCGAAAUCGAGGCGGACCUUGCGCACGCUGAGGAUCUGUUUGGUGCUGUGGGCAUUGGUGCGGGGAGUGGAAGAGAGGUUAAGACCGCCGCGAUUGUCGAUCCCAAGGAUCCGACCAAGGUGGUCGAUCUCUCGAGCUUGGAGAUCUUCAAGCCUACGACGAAAUUGCAGUUCGAUGCGCUGAGGGAGGUCAUCACGCCGCUGAUAGCCCAGAAUGUUAAGAAGGGCCACUACAGCAUGUUCCUGCAGGAGUUUGCGAAGGCUCUGGCAAAGGACAUGAACAGUGAGCAGAUCAGACUUGUUGCUAGCAAGCUCACGGUCCUGUCGAAUGAGAAGCAGAAGGAGGAGAAGGAUGCGCAGAAGGGCGGCAAGAAGAAGGUGGCGCCCAAAAAGGCGGCUCUGGCGGCGUCUGGAAAAUCCAUGGACACGGCGGAUACUAGGUCUUACGCUGAUGCCUACGACGAUUUUGACGACUUCAUGUAAACGCCUCGACGCUUCUGGAUUGCUCGUGUGAUAGAAAAAAAGUUGCGGAUGCGGGAUGAGCGGAGGUCUUUCUUUCAUUUGGCUGGUUACAUGUACUUGAUUGGUGUUCAAGGCUGGCUUUUUAUGGGGUUGGGUGGGGCAGUAGACUCGGCGUGGCUCUGAAUUUACACCUUUUCAUACUUUCGUCUUCUCAGUCUGGGCGGGUGAGAAUUGUGGAAAUGACUUGCAUCGGCCAUCACUCACAAUGGAAUCAACUCUUUG